CUUCAGCUGCCCUGGGCGAAAUUUUAAUUUUUUCAAAGGUUUUUUUUUAACAAACGACUUAGUUUAUAUAUAUAUUUAGAAUUAUAUUUGUUUCAUGCUAUUAUAUCAGUGUUUCCUAAUUUUUUUUAUGUGUAAAUGUGAUUGUGGACUACAGCAAGAAUGUUGCAAAAUAUUGAUCUGGAAAGCUUGGAGUUCGAAGCUCACCUGGGCACUGGAUGCUAUGGAGGCCACGUAGGCCUGUUCCGGAGCAAAAAGGACAAACGCAAUCGCCGACUUGUGCUGAAAUCCAUCCCAUACAACAGUCCGAACUAUGCCUACAAGGCGGUACUCAAGGAGCACACCAUCCUGUCGCAGAUCAACCAUCCUCGCAUCCUGCGCUAUUUUGGCUUCUUCCAAACGGCGGACUCGUGGAAUAUGGUAACGGAAUUUGCCCAACGGGGCAACCUGGCCAAAUUUCUGCAACGACGUCGGGAGUGCAACGAGCCCCUAUGUCAACGGUCGGUGAUGGCAAAGUUCGUAGACAUGGCUGAGGCCCUGCAGUACCUGCACCAUCGUAAAGUCAUACAUCGUGAUUUGAAACCGGAGAACGUGCUGAUCGACGCGGACAAUCGCCUGAAGUUGGCUGAUUUUGGGAUUGCCAAGAUUUUCACCGACCUAAAACCGGAUGAUGAGUUGAAUAUGACGAUCGUGGGUACGCCCCUAUACAUGGCACCGGAAGUGGCCAGUGGCAAGCCGUACGAUUACAAGAGUGACGUGUGGCCUUUGGGGAUCAUCUUCUACGAGUUGUGCAUGCUGGAGCAUCCAUUUGAGGGGCGCUGCUUGAUUGUGGGCGGCGAUGGCAAGGAACGAUUCGUGACACCCCUGGUGGAUUGCGCCGGAAGGGGAUAUCAGGACGAGAUUCAGACGCUGUGCGUUAUGAUGUUUCAAGCAAAUCCGAAGAAACGCUGGACGUUGGAGAAGAUCCUGAAACAUGACGCUGUGAUUCGUUUGAUCAAGAGGGAUAUGUGAUAGAGGAAAAAGCUUGAAGUCUUUUUUUUUUGGUUUUAUAUAAUUUAUUUCUGAAUGUAUCACAUUUCUUAGCAUAUAAUCUAAAGAAUGUAGGAUGUGGCCUGUCUUUGAAAAGAAUAGAUCUAAAAUAAUAAUAAAAAAAUUGUUUAAAGAAUCAAGCCUCCAACGAUGACGUCAAAAGCUUUAGUAUUUUCUCCUUUUGCAAGAACAGUACAGCUUUAUAGAAGUUAAAAUUGAAAAUUUAACCAUGAUA